AUGACUUCCACGUCCAAGUUUCUGCGUGAAUACAAGCUGGUCGUCGUGGGCGGUGGUGGUGUCGGCAAGUCGUGUUUGACCAUACAGCUCAUCCAAAGCCACUUCAUCGACGAGUAUGACCCGACCAUUGAAGAUUCGUACCGCAAGCAGUGUGUCAUCGACGACGAGGUCGCCUUAUUAGACGUCCUCGAUACCGCCGGCCAGGAGGAGUAUUCCGCCAUGCGCGAACAGUACAUGCGCACCGGCGAGGGCUUCCUACUCGUCUACUCCAUCACCUCGCGCCAGUCGUUCGAAGAGAUCAUGACCUACCAGCAACAAAUACUGCGCGUCAAGGACAAGGACUACUUCCCCAUGAUCGUCGUCGGCAACAAGUGCGAUCUAGAAAAGGAGCGCGCCGUGUCCCAACAAGAGGGCGAGGCGCUGGCACGCGACUUCGGCUGCAAGUUCAUCGAGACCUCCGCCAAAUCCCGCGUCAACGUCGAGGACGCUUUCUACGAUAUCGUGCGCGAGAUCCGCCGCUACAACAAGGAGAUGUCUUCCUAUUCGUCUGGCGGCGGCUACGGCGCCCGCUCGCCCGAAGGCAAGAUGGAGGUCGACGACCGCGGCGAGAGCAGCGGAUGCUGCGGAAAAUGCGUGAUCAUGUAA